AUGUCCCAGAGACAAAAAGCUAAAGCAGCAAAAGCGGAUAGAGCAUCCUUCUUUCUGGUAAAACCAGCCACAGCACUGACGCGGAAAGGCCGCAGCCCAACUAAAGAUGGUGGCGACACUCGCUCGGAAGAGGAGCCCCCUCCGUCUCCCGAAAAAUGGAUGGACGAGUUUGUGAAAGCCCACAACAGCCUCGCGGAUAAACUGCAAGAAAUAGAUUCCACCCUACACGACCAAGCACUGAAAAGGGCCGACAUGGAGGACCGAUCAAGACACAACAAUCUGCGUAUACGCGGCAUCCCGGAAUCGGUCCUAAACCCGGCUCUGCACAACUAUUUGCUGGAUAUGUUCCAGGCGCUGACACCGGAGACUCAUCCAGACCAGCUCAUCAUUGAUUGGGCGCACAGACUGAGGAGACCUAAACAUCUCCCCAACUCGACCGCGAGAGAUGUCAUCGUUAGGGUUCACUUCUACCACGCUAGAGAGGUUGUCAGAGCCUUACCAAGGCCUAAAAAUCUUUACGGACUUGUCGGCGGCAACCCUACAGUUCCGCAAAAGCCUGACACCUCUCACGACCACAUUGCGCUUACAAGGGAUUGCAUACCACUAGGGUUACCCGGCAAAGCUAUUAAUUCAUUACUGGGACGCACUGCAUGCUGUGGACUCAUUGUCAGCGGGCAAGGAGAAAUUCAGAAGCUGGGGCCUAGAGGCAACUGA